AAGUUGGUGCGCUAGGUAUUCUGGGUAAGACAUUCCCGUGUCAGCCAUAUUGUUUCAUCGUCCUGGUUUAAGGAUAGAGGGGAGAUGAAGGGGAUCCGCGGAAUCAGUCAGUUAUCGACAAGGCUUUACGCAGCCCAGGCUGCCCGUAAGUUGGAUGUCGCUGUGGAGCAUGUCAAGUUUCAGCCUCAGGAUGUACAGGUGACUAAACUGCCCAGCGGUCUGGUGAUAGCCUCGUUGGACAACUACUCCCCGGCUUCCAGGAUCGGUGUGUUUGUGAAAGCUGGCUGUCGAUAUGAGUCCCCGGAGAACCAGGGGGUCACCCACCUGCUCCGUCUGGCUGCCAACCUGACUACCAAAGGUGCUUCAGCCUUCAGGAUCUGUCGUGGUGUGGAAGCAGUUGGAGGCAGUCUAGGCGUGACGUCAUCCAGAGAGAACAUGAUCUACUCGGUUGACUGUCUCAGAGACCACAUUGACACAGUGAUGGAGUACCUGAUCAAUGUGACCACAGCCCCAGAGUUCAGGCCGUGGGAGGUGUCUGACCUCACCUCCAGGGUCAAGAUGGACAAGGCCCUGGCCGCACAGACCCCCCAGAUGGGUGUGAUUGAGGGUCUACAUGGAGCUGCUUACAAGAACACGCUGUCCAACUCCCUCUACUGCCCAGACUACAUGGUUGGCCACGUCGACGCUGACCAUAUGCACAAUUUUAUCCAGAACAAUUUCACAAGUGCAAGAAUGGCUCUGGUUGGGCUUGGUGUGGACCACGAUGUUCUGAAGCAGGUGGGAGAGCAGUUCCUCAACAUCCGCAGUGGGAUGGGCACCGCUGGGACAAAGGCUCAGUACCGAGGCGGUGAGGUGAGGGUGCAGAAUGGGUCCAGCCUGGUGCACUCUGCAGUGGUGUCUGAGGGGGCGGCGGUGGGCACAGAUGAGGUCAUGGCCUUCUCUGUACUUCAGCACGUCCUGGGGGCGGGGCCACACAUCAAGAGAGGCUCCAAUUCCACCUCCAAACUCAUCCAGGGCGUCGCUAAGGCUACUGCAGACCCCUUCGACGCCUCUGCUUUCAAUGUCAACUACUCUGACUCUGGCCUGUUUGGAGUCUACACCAUCUCCCAGUCUGCAGCAGCUGGUGACGUGAUCAAGGCAGCUAUUGGCCAGGUGAAGGCUGUUGCAAGGGGGGUCUCAGAAGCUGACCUGACCCGCGCCAAGACCCAGCUGAAGGCUGAGUACCUGAUGGCGUUGGAGAGCUCGGAGGGUUUAUUAGAUGCCAUGGGUUCACAGGCUCUGGCCAGAGGGACCUACCACUCCCCCGAGGCCAUCGCACAGAAGAUCGACUCAGUCUCAGCAACGGAUGUCGCCAACGCUGCAAAUAUAGUUUGUGUCGGGCAAGAAGUCCAUGGCUUCAAGUGGAAACCUCGUCAAGACGCCCUUCGUAGACGAGAUCUAAACCCUUCCAACUUUUUUUCACCGCCAUUGUUCUUCUGAGGAAUAAUAAUGUUGUCAUCACACCAACCCUCAAUAUUUAUAGUUGUUGCUAUUUUUAAGUGGAUCUUGAUUGUGCAUAAGGAAAUAAGAUCCACAUUUGUUCACUUCUUGAACUGUAUAGAUUAUAUAAAUUAAUUAAUAAAGUAUAUCUACCUUCAAGUAAAGAUUCACCCA